AUGCCUCAAAUCCCCGCCAUCCACCCCGACGCCGACGCUCCUCCUCGUUCCCCGCCUUGGUCGUCUGUCGCCGGCCACCCCGCGCCCACCACCGCCGCCGAGGCGCAGCGCUUCGUCGACCGGUUGCACCACCGGCUGGGCUUGCAAGUCCAGCUGUUCCCGAUGUUCCCGAGCGACAUCUGGUCGGGGGGCCUCGGCGCCGAACUUGAUGAUACGUUCGCGACGCUCGCGUACAUCUACGCGCAUACACCGGCGUGUGGCGGCGACUGGGACAUCAAGCUCCCGCCCUCAAUCGAGUGGCUCCGUACGGAGGAAGACCCGGCGGCGAUGGUCGAGACGUGGGUGCGCGACGAGGAGAAGAUGACGCGGCUCCUCGACUAUCAGACCGCGUCUGGUCUCGACGUGGACGAUCAUGGCGGCGACGAGUGGUGGGAGGAAGUCUUCCGGCUAUACCACGUUAGCUCCAGCCGGUCUCAGGGAUCGCAACGAAUGGACCACGUCCAUGUUCCGCUCGUCGAAGGGAUCAACCUCAAACGUAAACGGCCACGCGCAAACACCGACGAGCAGGCCGGAAAGGCGCAAAAGACAGCAGAGGGGUCAACGUCGGCGGACGGAAGGUCCAAAAGGACCAGAAAACCGACGGAGCGGGCAGCAGGUGGCGAGGGCGGUGGUGAGGGCAGCAGGAAGGCGAGUGGUGGGCAGGGCGGGCGGGGCGGCAAGGGCGGCAAGGGGAGCAAGGGUGGCAAGGGCGGCAAGGGCGGGAAAGGGACUGGCGGCGGGAGCGCCAAGGGCAAGGAGAAGGGACCACCGCCUCCGCCCAUGCCCAGCGACGAGGAGCCCCCGGAAACCAUCUUCGUCGGCGCCGACAGGUGCGGCCAGUGCAGGACCCACGAUCAGGCGCGGUGCAUCCAGGUCAACAACCAGGCCUGUACCUGGUGCAAGGCGAAGAAGACCAAGUGCAAUAUCCCCAAGUCCCACAACGCAACUCGACCCCAGUCCAAUGCCACCGCCGCUCGCUACCGCCUCGGGUCUGCACCAUCCAAGAAGGCGACGCCGGCAAAACCUUCUGGCACCAGCACCUCAGCGAGUGCGGUCGCUGGCCCUUCGGGAAGCGUGACGUACCGUCCGCCCGUUGAACCUCCCAAGAAGCGCGAGUACAUCGAACUUGAUUCUGAUUCUGAUGUCGAAUAUGUUCCAAAAACUCCGGCAUCAGACAGCGGAGACAAGGACGCAGAUGGAGAGACAGACCGGGAGGAGGAAGACGGAGAGCAGCCGGAGGAGGCCGACGCCAUCGACCAAGCGCAGCUCGAUGCAGCUGACGCAGCAGAGGUCGAUGCCCAGCUGCUGACAUUGGCCAGGCUGACUGACGCCCUUGCUCGCCGCUAG